AUAAGUAAUUAGGACCUCUCAUCUUCUUCUUCUUCUUCUUCUUCUUCUUGUGAUUUUUCACCCCUCUCAUCACAUUCAGAAGCAAUCAUCGGAUCGGAUAAAGCCAUCCUCUCUCUCUCUCUCUCUCUCUCUCUCUCAACCAACUUAACCAACAACCUCUCUCUCUCUCUCUCAUCACUCUUUUCCAUUCUUCUCCUUUCCUUUGAAAAUUUCAAGCAAAGCUAAAUCUCAGCCUUUCAUUUCCAACGCCACCGCCUUCUCUCUCUCUCUCGGGUUUCUCCAUUCUGCGUCUCCGCCCCGUCGGAUCUCCGUCUCUCAAUGUGGCUGCCGAGGGCUAAAUCGACGGCUCGGAUCCGCUCCCAUCCCGCAUGCUUCUCCUGCUCCUCCUUCAAAGACAUCCAGAAUCUUCUAUCGGAAGAUUUCAACAACAGCAGCAGCAACGGCGGCUCUCAAAUCAAAUCCAGGCCAUCGAUUUUCCACCGAGUACGGAUCGCCAAAUCCAUUCUCCGAGCGUGGUCUGCCCAAUUACCUCAUUCAGAGCCCGCGCUGCCACAGCCGGAGCCCGAGCCCGAGCCCGAGCCGGAGAUUUACCUCCCGGGAUCUGAGAACCGCGUGGUCGUCUACUUCACGAGCCUCCGCGUGGUCCGAUCCACGUUCCAGGACUGCAACGCCGUCCGAUCGAUUCUCCGCGGGUUUAGGGUUUCGGUCGACGAGCGGGAUGUGUCGAUGGACGCCAGGUUCAUGGACGAGCUGCAGAGGAUCAUGGGCCGCGACAAGGGGAAACUGAGAUUGCCUAGGGUUUUCGUCGGCGGGAAGUACAUAGGCGGCGCGGACGAGAUCUGGCAGCUCCACGAGGCCGGCGAGCUGAAGAAGCUCGUCGAGGGCCUCCAUCCGGCGGAGGUCGGCGUCUGCGAGGUCUGCGGCGGCUACCGAUUUAUCCUAUGCGACGAGUGCAGCGGGAGCCGGAAACUUUUCUCGGAAAAGGGUGGGUUCCGGACGUGCGCGGCGUGCAACGAGAACGGUCUGAUCAGGUGCCCUUCUUGUUCCUGUGAUCCGCUCUGAGCCGCACGAUCAUUAGAUUAAAAAGCAAAGGAAAAAAAAAAACACAAAAAAAGGGUCCCGAAGGAAAGUAGGAUAAAUUUUUGGGGUUUUCUUUUUGUGAAUUUUGUAGUAUUGGUGGCUGUAAUUUUGUUAGGAUUGGCAGACAGGGUAAGCUAGGUAGAUCUGCACCCAGUGGAGUACUGCCCACUCCAAAAACCGUGCUUUUUUGUUUUUGGGGUUAAAUAUUUUUGUUGUAUUUGUAAAGGAGUUGUUAACACGUGGGAAUGGACCAUGGAGGCCCAUCGCCUGCCCUAAAAAGCUUUUAAGGUAGUGGCGUCGUCACUGUCA